ACCGAACAUGACGUCAGAGUCUUAGGGUCAGGGGUGAACCGAAAUAAUGUUGCUAAGGUUGGCUGGUUCUCGCCUUCGUGUGGAAUUUCCACCAUUUUAAGAUCCGCCGCAGUCUACACAUGACGACCAUGGAAGGAACUUGACUUGCCAGGGGGGAGGGGCGCACAUAGCUUGUAACAGCUGCUUGAUUUAAAUAUUCCGACACUUUUACAUGUUGCGGCAGACAAAAUUCAAACGGAGCCCCAGCUACGCUACGCCAACACCCUUCACAAUGCAACGGCCAUGGCUGAAACUGACGUCGCGACGAAUCGGCAUGCUCCUAGUUCUGCUGGGGUUUGCGUGGGGGUGCACCCUGAUACAUUUCACCCUCACAAGGUCGGAGAGGUCAAACGAAAGCGAAGCUCUGAGGAAAAAGAUCCUCACCAUGAGCAGAGAGUACGUCAAGGAGGUGGCCAAGAAAGCGGAAAGUUCGCCGGACGGACUUUUGGAAGAGCCAGAAGAAGCUGCAGCAGGAUAUGGGUUCGAUAUGAAGAAGGGCUUUGCUGUUUUGCUAAACGACAUGCUGAAACGCCUGGACAAACUAGAAGAGCGCUUCAACAAGCUGGACCCUCACAACAAGGAAAACGGAAGCAAAGACACCCCACCCUUACAGAUCAAGAGUAACCUGGAAGGAGUGAACCACCCCGAGACCUGUGAGGUGCCGACUGCGCCGGAGUAUCCGCACUGUGGGGGGAAGGUGGAGUGGAUGAAGGGGUUCUGGACCACAGAUCCGUGUUAUGCUGACUAUGGCGUAGACGGGACUGUCUGUUCCUACCUCGUCUACUUAAGUGAGGUUGAACACUGGUGCCCUCCUCUGCCAUGGCGCAAGAAUUUCACAUCAACUGCAUCAGUCGAGCCUGGUGAAAUGGCCAGUCUACAGGAGGAUCCUGAACCCCUGCUGAGGCUGCUGAGUUCAGACAAGAGUCUUCUGUGGAUUAAGAUGCGUGUGGAGAGGAUGUGGCCUCAGUGGGUGGAGGCAGCCAACAGCCUAGCACACAGUCUGGCAAACAGGAGCAAGAAAAGGAUUCUGAUUCAUCUAGGACUUCUGUCCAAAGAAGCGGAGUGGCAUUUUGGAGAGAAGGCGUUUGACGGAGGUCCUCUCGGAGAGCUGGUCCAGUGGAGUGACAUCAUCGCAAGUGUCUACAUCCUCGGGCACGACCUUGAACUGUCCUUCACUAAAGAAAAUCUCAAGAGAUGGUUAAACCCACGUGGGUCACGAACCCACGCUCGAGAAUUACACCACAGGCCCGGUAAGCUGGAGUUUGAUUCGCAGAGGAACAAGGGAGGCUGUCCAAUCAAAGGCAAGCCCCCUGCUGACAUCAUCUACAUUGAUAUCCUGGGACUGGCACAGAUAAAGAAGACUCUAGGAAUGGCAGGGAUCCAACACUACGCGUGCUAUUUCCGUGUGGUGGAUAGUUUCGGCACCGAGCCAGAAUUCAACUUCCAGCCGUACGCCAAGCAGCGUAGCCGCAAGUCCCCGUGGGGAGGCUGGAACUUCAACCCUCGUCAGUUCUUCACCAUGUUCCCCCACUCACCUGACAACUCCUUCAUGGGCUUCGUGGUCGAACAACAUCUCAACAAGUCGGAGAUUCAGGAUAUCCAGAAAAUCAAGAAACAGAACCAGGCACUGGUGUACGGGAAAAAUGACUACAUGUGGGCCGGUUCGGAAAAACUCAUGAACGAGCUCGCGCAGCAUUUCCAAAUCCACGCCACCGUCGCGAAGAAUAACGACGAACAGCAGCAGUUGGAGAACGUGCCAAGUUUCGUGAACAAUCACGGAGUGUUGCCCAGCGAGCAGCUAUACGAUCUUCUGAAAAGGACCAAACUUUUUGUCGGGCUGGGGUUUCCGUACGAAGGCCCGGCACCGCUUGAGGCGAUAGCGAGCGGUUGCGUGUUUCUCAAUCCUAAGUUUACGCCGCCAAAGAGCAGGCAGAACACAAAGUUUUUUGAGGGGAAGCCGACAUUUCGAGAACUGACGUCGCAGCAUCCUUAUGUAGAGGUUUUUGUAGGGAAGCCCCAUGUUUACACUGUGGACAUUGAUGAUAGGGAGAGUGUGGAAGCUGCAUUAACUGAGAUUAAAAAUUUAGAGGUUGAUCCAUACCUGCCUUAUGAGUUUACAGCUGAAGGCAUGUUGCAGAGAGUUAGCACAUACAUACAGAAACAUGACUUCUGUAAAAAACCCCAUGCGUGGCCUCCGGAGAGUGCCUUGCAGGUCAGGUUGUCAGGCAAAGGACAGUCGUGUAAACAAGCCUGUCAGGACCAGGGUCUCCUGUGUGAACCCAACUACUUUCCUCUUCUCAACAACAAGGACGUCAUGGAAAAAAAUGGGCUGAAGUGUGACUCCAUGGAUGACAUGAUGGAGGUGUACGCUCCCAGUAAGAACGAGGGGACCAGCACCUGCUCGGUACAGACGGAACAGCUGCUGUUCAGCUGCGUGGGGCAGGACCCCGACUACCGACGCAUCUGUCCCUGUAGAGAUUUCAUCCAUGGCCAGGUGGCGCUGUGCCACGACUGUCUAUGACAGCUGUCCCUGCAGGUGGCACUGUGCCACGACUGCCUAUGACAGCUGUCCCUGCAGGUGGCACUGUGCCACGACUGUCUAUGACAGCUGUCCUACAGGUGGCGCUGUGCCACGACUGUCUAUGACAUCUGUCCUACAGGUGGCGCUGUGCCACGACUGUCUAUGACAGCUGUCCGACAGGUUGCGCUGUGCCACGACUGUCUAUGACAGCUGUCCUACAGGUGGCACUGUGCCACGACUGUCUAUGACAGCUGUCCUACAGGUGGCACCGUGCCAUGACUGUCUAUGACACCUGUCCUACAGGUGGCGCUGUGCCACGACUGUCUAUGACAGCUGUCCUACAGGUGGCGCUGUACCAUGGCUGUCUAUUACAGCUGUCCUACAAGUGGCACUGUGCCACGACUGUCUUUGACAGCUGUCCCUGCAGGUGGUGCUAUGCCAUGACUAUCUAUGACAGCUGUCCUACAGGUGGUGCUGUGCCACGACUGUCUAUGAGAGUAUCACUGUUAAAAGUGACGAGUUAAGGUGAGAUUUUUAUGUAUAAUGCGGCACCUUAUAAAUUUCACUGUCAUACAUUCUAUUUGUUAAGCAGGGAAGGACAAGAACUGAGAUUUGUUUGAUGUCUGUUCCUUGUGUUUGACCAGAUUUUCACACAGGCAAAAAAUCUGACUGUCCAAAAACUGUGUAUGCACACGAGCAUACAAAAACUGUUCACCUCAAAUGUAAAUUGGCCUGGCGUGUGCAUUAACGUACGUAAAGAACAUACGUUUAGAUUGUAUGCUUUGAUAGACAUGAAAACAGACCGAUUUAUACACAGGAAAAUUUGCCGUACACUGUUUUCAUACACAGUUUUUCAUACGCCAGCAGAAAAGAAACAACUGUUUUCCCCAUUGCCUUGAAUGCUGCCAAACUCUGCAAGGGAGAUUUUCUUUCCCCACCAGACGUUAUAAACAGCCACAUGUUAAUACUCAGAGGAUAUUUAUUUGUAUUGUAGCAGUGCUGUUCCUAAGGUUUUUGGAGCAAAUCUGUUCUUGAAAGGAGUUACAUUGCAAAUUGAGAAUUUUUUUUUGUUUUGUUUUAGAAAAUUUUUAACCAGAAAAAACACAGACAAAGAUACAGAAAACUAGUUAUGUCUUAGGAAAAAAAAAGUAGUUGAAAUGCUUUUCAGGAUAAUGCUGCAGAAAGUUUCAAAUAGUACGAAAACAUCUUUUUUGGUAUAAACAAAAUUUUCCAUAAACAUUCGAUUGAUUAAUUAGUAAGAAAUAAAGUUGCAAAUUCCUGGUUGGCAUAGUCAGGGAGGUUUGAAUACUUUUAAUUAUUUAAUCUCCUUGGUGUAUCCAAAAAGUUUGUAUCUCAGACUACCCCCCUGGUGAUGAUUUUGGAACAGUCCAUGAUGACUGAUGACUUUAUGUUUGUUUCUAGGAGCACGUCGGCAGAAUGUACUGCGCCUGCGCAGAACCCCGUAUUUUCGCGUUUUUCGUUGGGUUUU